ACUCUCAUGCGACAGAGCCAGAGAAUUUUAGUCGUGUCGCGAUUUUCAUUCAACGCAGAGAAUCGCUUGUCCAGAGAGAAUUUUUGCCAGAAGAGUUUGAUUGUAACAAGAAAAGGGUUGGUUGUACAAAAUGCUUCUCGGUGGAAAAGCUCGGCAGUUCAUAGCGGCAUCCAGUGCUAACUUGGCCACGAUGAUGUACGGCAUCUCCGUCGGAUGGGUUUCGCCCUCAAUUCCGCUCCUUAUGUCCGAAGAGACACCCUUGCCAUCGGGUCCACUAAGUAAGACGGAAGCAUCGCUCAUCAGUGCCCUCCUCUACAUGGCUGGAAUGGUCGGUUCACUCUCCUUUGGCUGGCUGGCUGAUCGUAUUGGGCGCAAGUGGGCACUCUUUACCGGUACCUGCCCCCACAUCAUUGCCUUCCUCCUCAUCAUCUUUGCACAGGACGUGAAUUGGCUCUAUGUGUCUCGUGUUUUUAGUGGUCUUGGUUGUGGGGCACUCUUUGUGGUGCUUCCGAUCUACGUUUCAGAAAUCUCAGAAGACAAAGUUCGUGGAACACUGGGUGCCAUCUUCUGCAACAUGGUCUCAAUAGGAAUUGUCGUUGGACGUUGUCUCGGUAGCUACUUGGACUUCUAUGUGGUGCCUUAUGUAGUGUUGUGCCUCUUGGCUGUGUUUGUCCUCACAUUCCCAUUCUUCCCGGAAACACCUCAGUACCUCCUAUUAAAGCGCCGGGAAUCCAAAGCGGAAAAAUCCCUGAAACGUUUUAGGGGUGCAAAGAGGGAUGUUAAUGGGAAAAUGCCGGAAAAAUUUGAGACGGAAUUUGAAGCAUUGAAGAAUUCACCAACUCUCACCAAUCAGAGCAACUCUGUGAGCUGGGAAGAUUUUAAACCUUACACGACGAAGAAAGCAAUCUUUAUAAGUCUGGUGCUUAUUUCCGGGCGAAGUAUCUGCGGUGUUCUUCCUCUUGACAACUACACAGCCAGCGUUCUAAGGGAGUCAGGAUCGACUUGGGAUGCAAACUUGGGUGCCAUCAUUGUGGGGCUGUUUGAGCUGCUCGGCAGUAAUUUGGCCAUUGUCUUCGUGGAGCGAUGGGGACGUCGGACAAUUCUCAUUGUUUCAAGCUUAGGAUCAGCCUUCUGUCUCAGCAUAAUGGGAGCCCUUUUCCUCCUGCGGUCUGUCGGUGUGGACAUGAGCGCCUAUGGAUGGCUCUCCGUAGCGGCAUUUUCUGGCCAAAUGACCCUAGCUGCCAUUGGGAUUGUUGCCAUACCAUUUAGUGUUUCCGCUGAGAUUCUCCCGCCAAAGCUGCGAGGGAUUGUCUGCACGGGAUUCCUCAUGUUCUACUGGGUGCUAACAUUUGUAAUUGUUAAUUUCUUCCUGCUAUUUGCUGAGGUUUGCGGCAUGUACACACCAAUGUGGUGCUUCACGGGGUGGUGUCUCUUUGAAUUCAUCUUUGUCUACCUCUACCUCCCCGAAACCAAAGGGAAGAACUUUGAGGAAAUUGUUUUAGCACUUCAGGGCAAAGAGACGUAGCUUUUAAUUUAUCUCACGAAUUAUGAAGUAGCGUUAGUCACGCCACAAAAAAAGCAGAAUGUGAGAUUUUCAAAUAAGACAUGUGUUACCUUAUCUUUUAAUAGGAAUGAUAUAGAGAAAAAAAUAAAGACUUCACGUGAAUAAUCUGAAGAGCAUUCAGACAUCCA